CUAUCCAAUCUUUGUUUGUCGAAUCUCCUCUCAUGGCUACCGUUGCUCCUCCUGCUGAUCAAGCUGCAGAUCUGUUGCAGAAACUAUCCUUGGACUCGCAAGCAAAAGCUUCAGAGAUCCCUGAGCCUAACAAGAAGACUGCCGUCUAUCAAUAUGGAGGCGUGGAUGUUCAUGGUCAAGUUCCUUCUUAUGAUCGAUCUUUGACACCAAUGCUUCCCAGUGAUGCCGCUGACCCUUCAGUUUGCUAUGUUCCUACUCCCUACAAUCCCUACCAGUAUUACAAUGCAUAUGGGAGUGGUCAAGAUUGGACUGACUACGCAGCUUACACCAAUCCUGAGGGUGUUGACAUGAAUUCUGGAAUUUAUGGAGAGAAUGGAACUGUUGUGUAUCCUCAGGGUUAUGGGUAUGCAACAUAUCCUUACUCGCCAGCGACAAGCCCUGCUCCACAGCUUGGCGGGGAAGGGCAGUUGUAUGGUGCUCAGCAGUAUCAGUAUCCUAGCUAUUUUCCAAACAGUGGACCGUAUGCUUCAUCUGUGGCUACUCCUAACCAGGCGGAUCUCUCUGCCAACAAAGCUGCUGGUGUGAAGACACUAACUGCGGAUAGCAAUAAUGUUACUUCUGCUACUGGUAUCACAAAAGGAAGUAAUGGAUCAGCUCCAGUGAAACCAACUAACCAGACUACACUUAACACCUCAAGUAAUUUGUAUGGUAUGGGUGCUCCAGGAGGAGGUUUCGCUGCUGGUUAUCAGGAGCCUAGGUAUGGCUAUGAUGGGUAUUAUGCUCCUGUGCCGUGGCAUGAUGGUUCUAAGUACUCAGAUGUGCAGAGACCUGUUUCUGGUAGUGGAGUUGCAUCCUCCUAUUCUAAGUCUAGCACUGUGCCUUCAUCGAGGAAUCAAAACUACCGCUCUAAUUCUCAUUACACGAGCAUGCACCAGCCUGCAUCAGUGACGGGCUAUGGUACAGCUCAGGGAUACUACAACAGGAUGUAUCAAAACAAGUUGUAUGGUCAGUAUGGUAGUACAGGGAGAUCUGCUUUGGGUUAUGGUUCUUCUGGGUAUGAUUCAAGAACCAAUGGAAGAGGAUGGGUGGCCACAGACAACAAAUACAGAAGCUGGGGAAGGGGUAACAGUUACUAUUACGGAAAUGAGAACAAUGUAGAUGGUUUGAAUGAACUUAACAGGGGACCUAGAGCUAAGGGCACAAAGAACCAGAAGGGAAAUCUAGAUGAUAGCUUAGAGGUUAAGGAGCAGACUGGAGAAUCAAAUGUAACCGAGGUUGGGGAGGCGGAUAACACAUGUGUUGUUCCUGACAGAGAACAGUACAAUAAAGAAGAUUUCCCAGUGGAUUAUGCAAAUGCCAUGUUCUUUAUCAUCAAGUCGUACAGUGAAGAUGAUGUGCAUAAGAGCAUUAAAUAUAAUGUUUGGGCUAGCACACCAAAUGGAAACAAGAAGCUUGCUGCAGCAUAUCAGGAAGCUCAACAGAAAGCUGGGGGCUGUCCCAUCUUUCUCUUUUUCUCGGUCAAUGCAAGUGGACAAUUUGUUGGUCUUGCUGAAAUGACAGGACCAGUUGAUUUCAACACAAAUGUGGAGUACUGGCAGCAAGAUAAGUGGACUGGCUCUUUCCCCCUCAAGUGGCAUAUUGUGAAGGAUGUUCCAAACAGUUUGCUGAAACAUAUUACCCUUGAGAACAAUGAGAACAAACCUGUUACCAACAGCAGAGACACACAAGAGGUUAAGUUGGAGCAAGGACUGAAGAUUGUUAAAAUUUUCAAGGAGCAUAGCAGUAAGACUUGCAUUUUGGAUGAUUUCUCAUUCUACGAGGUAAGUGAAGAGAAGAUAACCGAUGAAAAAAAAGAAUCUGCAACUGCGGAUUCAGUGAGCAAGGAAUCUCCUUCAGCUGUUCAAACUUCCAGUGAUGUCAAGGUUGCUGAGAAUGGGAUGCUGUCGACGAUUGAAAAUGUAGCUGAAAGUGGUAAAUCGAUGAAUCUGUACUCUGCUAUUAAUCAAGCUCUUCACAUCGCUUUAGAGACCGAUCCUCGGUCUUAUGUGUUUGGGGAAGAUGUUGGUUUUGGUGGUGUGUUCCGAUGUACAACCGGAUUAGCUGAACGUUUUGGGAAAUCUCGAGUUUUCAACACUCCUCUCUGCGAGCAAGGCAUUGUUGGCUUUGGCAUUGGUUUAGCUGCUAUGGGAAAUCGAGUUAUUGCGGAAAUUCAGUUUGCGGAUUAUAUCUUCCCUGCUUUUGAUCAGAUUGUUAAUGAGGCUGCAAAGUUCAGAUACCGAAGUGGAAACCAGUUUAACUGUGGAGGACUUACAAUCAGGGCACCGUAUGGAGCUGUUGGUCACGGUGGACAUUACCACUCACAGUCCCCUGAAGCUUUCUUCUGUCAUGUCCCUGGUAUCAAAGUUGUUAUUCCUCGAAGUCCACGGGAAGCUAAGGGAUUAUUAUUGUCAUCCAUCCGUGAUCCGAAUCCCGUUGUCUUUUUCGAACCAAAGUGGCUAUAUCGUCAAGCGGUAGAGGAUGUCCCUGAGGAUGACUAUAUGAUACCUUUAUCUGAGGCAGAGGUUAUGCGAGAAGGUUCUGACAUAACACUUGUUGGAUGGGGAGCACAGCUCACUAUCAUGGAACAAGCAUGUCUUGACGCAGAAAACGAAGGAAUAUCGUGUGAAUUGAUAGAUCUCAAGACUCUGAUCCCUUGGGAUAAGGAAAUCGUUGAGACCUCAGUGAGAAAGACUGGCAGACUUCUUAUUAGCCAUGAAGCUCCUGUUACAGGAGGCUUUGGGGCCGAGAUCGCUGCAACUAUAGUUGAGCGUUGCUUCUUGAGGUUAGAAGCACCUGUAAGCAGAGUUUGUGGCCUGGACACUCCUUUCCCUCUAGUGUUCGAACCUUUCUACAUGCCAACCAAGAACAAGAUAUUGGAUGCAAUCAAAUCAACCGUGAAUUACUAGCCCAUCUUUUCGCUAAUAUCUUUCAUCGUAAACUAAUGAACUAGAGCAUUGUACACAUUCUCUGAUUCUCAGUCUCCUAUCUUCGUAAUAGUGAGUGAUGUUAGUGGUUCAGAGAUGUAAUGAAUCUGUAAUCAUCAC